UGUGUGUGUGUGUGUGUGUGUGUGUUAAAGAGAGAGAGUGAAGGUGAGAGUAUGCAGACAUGCUAACCUUACUAACUAGUGUUGGCUAAGUCUAUUAUUUUGUCUCCUUAUGUAACCAGGCCACAGACACACAGACCAGUGUCUCCAGUGCCCAGCUGUGUGUCUAUGAAGAGUGACCGGUCCAUGGGACGCCCUCCCAAUUUCAGCAGUGGACCACCACAGUCUGAUCCAAAGCCACAGACACACAGACCAGUGUCUCCAGUGCCCAGCUGUGUGUCUAUGAAGAGUGACCAGUCCAUGGGACGCCCUCCCAAUUUCAGCAAUGGACCACCACAGUCUGAUCCAAAGAGGAAUGUUCUGACCCAGGAUCAGUCCAGGUGUGGAGUGUGUGAGCAGCUACUGAGGGACCCAGUCAUCACCACCUGUGGACACAGUUUCUGCAGGCACUGCAUCAGCAGCUACUGGAGUCAGUCUGGUCCAUCAGGAGACUACAGCUGUCCCCAGUGCAGAAAGAGAUCCAGAGCACAACCCUUUCUAAACCCUGACAUAACCAUGGCACAACCUCUGUUAUACGCACAUACAACCAUGACACAACCUCUGUUAUACCCACAUACAACCACGACACAACUUCCUGUAUAUCCCCCUACAGCCAUGGCACAAUCUUCUCUCUACCAACACAGAGAAAUGGCACAGAUUUAUCUAAAGCCAUCUACAACCAUGGCACAAGUUCCUCCAUAUCCACACUCAGACUCGGGGCAGGACCCUCUAUACCCACACUUCCACAAGGCACAGAUUUCUCCACAACCUCCUUUGGAUGAGCACAUAGUCCUGGAAGGAAGCAAACAUCUCCAAACUGAGCAUGCUCCUGUCAAAAGGGCCAAACUAAGAGAUGAUGUCCUGAACAGAGCACAGCUGACUCAUAAAGCCAGUAUGAAGAAGAGGUUUGAGAGCAUAUCUGAAGGUGUCAUAAGAUUAGAGACUCAAACACUCCUGAACAAGAUCUACACAGAGCUAUACAUCACAGAGGGAGAGAGUGAAGGGGUGAAUAAUGAACAUGAAGUUUGGCAGGUAGAGUCAGCAUCCAGAUCACAAACUACAGAAGACACAGCAAUCCACUGCAAUGACAUCUUCAAGCCCUUACCUGGACAGCAGAGACCCAUCAGAACUGCCAUGACCAAGGGCAUUGCUGGCAUUGGAAAAACCGUCUCAGUACAGAAGUUCAUCCUUGACUGGGCAGAGGAGAAAGCUAACCAGGAUGUAGAUUUCAUGUUUGUACUUCCGUUCCGUGAGCUGAAUUUGGUCAAACAUGAUCAGUACAGUCUUCACAAGCUCCUGCUGGACUUCCACCCUGAGCUUAGGGAGCUACAGUAUGGUGAAUACAAAGACCGCCAUACUGUGUUCAUCUUUGAUGGUCUGGACGAGAGUCGACUUCCGCUGAAUUUCCAAGAGAACCAGCAGUUGUCUGAUGUGACACAAACAUCAUCAGUGGAUGUGUUGAUGACGAGCCUCAUUCAGGGAUCUCUGCUUCCCUCAGCUCACAUCUGGAUAACCUCCCGACCAGCAGCAGCCUGUCAGAUCCCUUCUCAGUGCAUCAAUCAGGUGACAGAAGUACGAGGGUUCAGUGAUCCACAGAAGGAAGAGUACUUCUGGAAGAGGAUUAGUGACCAGAAUCAAGCCAACAGAAUCAUCUCGCACAUUAAAGCAUCCAGGAGCCUCCACAUCAUGUGCCACAUGCCAGUCUUCUGUUGGAUCUCAGCCACUGUCCUUCAGCAGAUACUGGAAGAGGAUGAUGGGAAGGAACCCCCCAAAACUCUGACUGAGAUGUUCAUACACUUCCUGCUCAUCCAGACCACCAGGAAAAAACAGAAGUAUCAAGAGGAAAAUGAUACAGAUAGACAGAGGCUCCUGGAAUCACAUAAGGAUGUCAUACUGAAACUGGCAGAGCUGGCCUUCAAGCAUCUGGAGAAUGGCAAUCUCAUGUUCUAUGAGGAAGACCUGAAAGAGUGUGGCAUUGACGUGAGUGAAGCCUCAGUGUACUCUGGCAUGUGCACAGAGAUCUUCAGGGAGGAAUGUGUGUUUCACCACAAGAAGGUCUACUGCUUUGUGCAUUUGAGUAUCCAGGAGUUUCUUGCUGCACUUCAUGUGUUUGCCUCCUACUUGAGUAAAAACAUGGAGGCCCUGACACCAUUCCUCAAAGGGAAGUCCAGGUCUUUGCCAGAUGUGCCUCUACAUGAGCUGCUGAAGAAUGCUGUGAACAAAGCUUUGGAGAGCAAGAAUGGACACCUUGAUUUGUUUGUUCGCUUCCUUCAUGGCAUUUCUCUGGAGUCAAAUCAGAGACUUUUGGUUGGUCUCCUGACACACACACACAGCAGUCCAGAAAGUGAGAAGAAGACUAUCCGAAACCUGAAGGUGAUGCAAAGGCCAAAUAUCUCCCCUGAGAGGUGCAUCAAUCUGUUCCACUGCCUGGUCGAAAUGCACGACUCUUCUGUUCAUGAUGAAAUCAAGGCUUUCCUGCAGGCAGAGAAGGGUUCAGUGAAACAGCUCUCCCUGGCUCACUGCUCAGCCUUGGCUCAUGUGCUUUUGAUGUCUGGGGAGGUGCUGGAUGAGUUUGACCUGAAGAAAUACAAAUCCUCUCCAGAAGGUCGCAGGAGACUGGUUCCAGCUGUGAGAUGCUGCAGAAAAGCUCUACUUGCUGACUGUAAACUAUCAGAGAGGUCAUUUGAGAUUGUGGCCUCAGCUCUGCAGUCUGCAAACUCCCCCUUAAGAGAGCUGGAUCUGAGUCACAGUGACCUGCAACAGUCAGGAGAAAUGCUGGGCUCUGCUCUACAGAGUCCAAACUGCAAACUGGAGACACUGAGACUUGCUGGCUGUAAACUGACUGGAAGGUUUUUGGCCUUGACUCUUCAGGGGGCAAACCCCCACCUGAGAGAACUGGACAUCAGUGACGGCGAGCUUCAGGACUGUGGAGGAGAACUGCUCCAUAAACCACUGAAUGAAGACUGUAAAGUCAGACUCAAGCACAGCUCCUGUGCGGUCGUGGCGUCAGUCUUGCAGUUUUGUGUUUCUCAACUGAGUGUCUUGGACAUGAGUGGCUGUGAUCUGCAAACAUCAGAAGAGAAGCUGCCCUCUAGUCUUGGAAACCCAAACUGCCGACUGAAAACACUGAGACUUGCUGGCUGUAAAUUGACUGGAAGAUGUUUGGCCUUGACUCUUCAGGGGGCAAACCCCCACCUGAGAGAGCUGGACAUCAGUGACAGUGAGCUUCAAGACAGUGGAGGAGAACUGCUCCAUAAACCACUGAAUCAAGACUGUAAAGUCAGACUCAUCUGCUGUAGACUCAAGCACAGCUCCUGUGCGGUCGUGGCGUCAGUCUUGCAGUUUUGUGUUUCUCAACUGAGUGACUUGGACAUGAGUGGCUGUGAUCUGCAAACAUCAGUAGAGAAGCUGUUGUCUAGUCUUGGAAACCCAAACUGUCGACUGAAAAUACUGAGACUUAAGGGCUGUAAACUCACACAUGAGUCCUGUAAGGUUGUGGCCUCAUUUCUGCAGUCAGCAAACCCCCUGCUAGUGCUGGACAUGAGCAAAAAUGUCCUGAGAGAUUCUGGAGUUCAGCUUCUUUCUAAGGGACUGUCUAGUCCUCACUGUAAACUGCAGACAUUAAGGCUGUCUGAUUGUCAUAUUUCAGAAGACGGUUAUGUUUGUCUGGCUCUCACUCUGAUGGCAAACCCCUCAUGUGUGAAAGAACUGGAUGUGAGCAACAAUAAUCCUGCAGAAUCAGCAAAGAACCUGUUAUUUGCUACACUGAAGGAUCCUCACUUAAAAAUGGAGGAACUUCGACUAGCUAGUCAUGGACUCAGUGAUAAAUCCUGUGAGAUUGUGGCCUGUGCUCUGCAGUCACCAAACUGCCUGCUACAGCUGGACCUGACAAACAAUGACCUGAAGGAUUCUGGAAUUCAGCUUCUCUCUUCAGGACUAAGUAGCCCUCACUGUAAACUACAGACAUUAAGACUGUCUGGUUGUCUCAUCACACACCAGGGCUGUUCUUUCUUGGCCUCUGCCCUCAAAUCAAACCCCUUCUACCUGAAACAGCUGGAUCUGAGCUACAAUCACCCAGGAGACUCAGGUGUCAGAGAGCUCACAGACAGACUGAAUGAUCCCAACUGUAAACUAGAGAAUUUCAGGUAUGACCAUGGAGGAGAGUUCAUGAUUAAACCAGGACUGAAAAAAUAUGCCUGUGAGCUCACACUGGACCCAAACACAGCAGACAGACAUCUCUCUCUCUCUGAGGGGAACAGAAAGGUGACACGUGUGAGUGAGGAGCAGCCAUAUCCUGACCACCCAGAGAGAUUUGACUGUAAUCAGGUGUUGUGUAGAGAGGGUCUGUCUGGGCGCUGCUACUGGGAGGCUGAGUGGAGUGGGGAUUGGGCUGAUAUAGCAGUGGCGUAUAAGAGCAUCCAGAGGGAAGAGAGGAGUAAUGAGAGCACACUGGGAUAUAAUGACAAGUCCUGGAGUCUGUUCUGCUCUGGUAACAGUUACUCUGCCAGACACAAUAAUAAACACACUACCAUACCUGACCCCUCCCCCCGCUCCAGAAGAGUAGGAGUGUACCUGGACUGGCCAGCCGGCACUCUGUCCUUCUACAGCGUCUCCUCUGACACACUCACACACCUGCACACGUUCCACUCCACAUUCACUGAGCCCCUCUAUCCUGGGUGUAGGGUUUAUUAUAACACCUCAGUGUCCCUGUGCCAGAUCACAUGACCUCCCCAUGCAGCA